UGCAAAGAGGAGGCGGUAAUCAGGACGAAACUUGAGGCUAAAUCUGCAGUUAAGGUUGUCACAACCGCCAAGGAGGAGUUGAUCAACGGCAGAUGCGUGCCUCGCAACAUCUCGGUGAAACGGACUUCGUUGCCAUGCGCCUUGCAGGCUAGGUGCCGGCUACAGGCGAUCGGCAAGUGUCAACCAGACGGAAUGCUGGCAAUGCAGCUGGUUUGCAUAAAGCUCGAUGAAAAGUCGGCCAGUUGCCUAAGGACGACGACAGCAAAGCCGUCGGUUUCAUGCAGUUGCGACCCAACACCAGUUGAGGAGAUUGGUCACUGCAAUGCUGACGGAUUCACCGUAAAAAAGGUAUACACCCGCAAGAUGGAGAAAGGAAAAUGUCAAAGAGUGGUUAAAAGCGUCAAAAAGAUCCUCUGCAAGUGUGGCAAUGUGAAGACUACAAAGGCGUGUGGACUAAAGGGAGAGUGA